AGAAGAAGAAAAUCAGAAAGGAUGAUGAGCCUCUCCAUUGCCACUCCUUCAAGUGUCACUUUUACUUCCAAAAUAAACCUAUCGAAAUCUUCAUUUAAUGGCAUUCGAAUUGCUCGAGUCUGUCCGGUUAAUCAUGCUCGAACCGCGAACUCUAUGUCUUCUUCGUCAAUGGUGGUGAAGAUGGCGAAGAGGGAAGAGGAAUUGAAGGAAAUAAGAACCAAAACUACUGAGGAGCUUCAGGAAGAGAUUGUUGACCUUAAAGGAGAGCUCUUCAUGCUUCGUCUUCAACGAUCUGCUCGUAAUGAGUUUAAGUCUAGCGAGUUCCUUCGAAUGCGCAAACGAAUUGCUCGGAUGCUUACUGUUAAACGGGAGCGUGAGUUGGAAGAAGGAAUUAACAAAAGGAUAUCUAGGAAGCUUGAUCGGAAAUGGAAGAAAAGCAUUGUUCCUAGACCACCUCCUUCUUUGAAGAAAUUGCAAGAGGAAGAGGCAGCUGCAGAAGCUAAGGAAUCUGCUUGAUUUUAAAACCUUUUAAUUGGUAACUGAUUAAUUUUCAUCUCUCCCGUCUUCUCUAAUUUUGUGUUUCAUAUAGGCUAGAAUGUACAACUUCUGUAAUCUUUUUUGUUCUCUCUCUUUUUUUGUAUCAGACCAUUUAUUUUGAAGAUGAUCAUUCUUAGUAUGUAUUUUUCAAUCCUCGA